UCUAAGUAGGGCUUUUAGUGUGCUCAUUGAUGAGUGAAAGUCGCCACACAUGUCAAGCUAAAGGCAGUUGUUGGGUUACUAACAGGACCCAGCGCCUUGCAAACAUAUGCGCUAAGCUGUGUAUACAGAUGGCAGGCAGAAUAAUGGAGCAGGCGCCUUUUAUAAAGCCCUAGCUGCUGCCUGUCUUCAGACCUGGGAAAUGAAACUAUUCAGACUCGCGGCCAGACAGCGCCUGCGAUUGUUUGUUACCGUUUUAAUCCUAUUAAUUAAAACGUUAACCUGAUUGGGUAGCAAGCGCUGUCCCAACAGGCGAGUCUUCUUCAUAAUAACCUACUCAGAGAUAAUGAUGUAAAAGACUCCCCCGUCUGUGGCGGCGGCUGGUUGAUGGGUCCGGAAAUCUCUUGAAGGUGAAUCCAAGCAAGAUAAACGGUACGGAGAGGAGGCGCGGGCUGGGCUCAGACCAGCGGCGGCGGCGGCGGCUCCACUCCCUCCGCGCCCACCCUCCCACCAUGCGGGGCCGCGGCCCAUGGUGAGCCCCAGUAGCCAGCACCAUCGGCUGGAGACGAAGAAGAAGAAGAAGAGGAGGCGGCGAGCGCGGGGGAAGGCGAAAAAGAAAAAGAAAGAAGGGGAGAGGGCUGCGGGCAGCACCAGGACCGACGCGCGCACCAGCUCCGGAGCCCAGCUCGCGUGCGCUUGCAGAGCCGCCUGAAUCCCGAGCCCGGGCGGCGGCGGCGGCGGCGGGAGAGCCGGGCCUGGGCUGCGCGCCCAAGGCGGACCAUGGAGCGCGGGCUGCACCUCGGCGCGGCGGCGGCCGCGGGCGAAGACGACCUCUUCCUGCACAAGAGCCUGAGCGCAUCCACCGCCAAGCGCUUGGAGGCGGCUUUCCGCUCCACGCCCCCGGGCAUGGACCUGUCCCUGGCACCGCCGCCUCGGGAACGCCCGGCGUCCUCCUCCUCCUCCUCGCCCCUCGGCUGCUUCGAGCCGGCUGACCCCGAGGGGGCAGGGCUGCUUCUGCCGCCGCCUGGGGGAGGUGGCGGUGGCGGCGCGGGAGGUGGCGGUGGCGGAGGGGUGGGUGUCCCCGGGCUGCUGGUGGGCUCAGCCGGCGUCGGAGGCGACCCCAGCCUGAACAGUCUGCCGGCAGGGGCCUCCCUGUGCCUCAAAUACAGCGAGAGCGCGAGCCGGGGCUCGGUGGCCGAGAGUAGCGGCGGCGAGCAGAGCCCCGACGACGACAGCGACGGUCGCUGCGAGCUGGUACUGCGGGCGGGAGGCACCGACCCGCGGGCCUCCCCGGGCGCGGGGGGCGGUGGCGCCAAGGCGGGCGAAGGCUGCUCCAACGCCCAUCUCCACGGCGGCGCCAGCGGCGCCCCGGGGGGCCCCGGCGGCGGCAGUGGCGGGGGCAGCGGCGGUGGCGGCGGGAGCAGUAGCAGCAGCAGCAGUAGUAGCAGCAGCAGCAAGAAAUCCAAAGAGCAGAAGGCGCUGCGGCUCAACAUCAAUGCCCGGGAGCGCCGGCGGAUGCACGACCUGAACGAUGCGCUGGACGAGCUGCGCGCCGUGAUUCCCUACGCACACAGCCCCUCGGUGCGGAAGCUCUCCAAGAUCGCCACGCUGCUGCUCGCCAAAAACUACAUCCUCAUGCAGGCGCAGGCCCUGGAGGAGAUGCGGCGCCUCGUCGCCUACCUCAACCAGGGCCAGGCCAUCUCGGCCGCCUCCCUGCCCAGCUCCGCGGCCGCAGCGGCUGCGGCCGCUGCCCUGCACCCUGCGCUCGGCGCCUACGAGCAGGCGGCCGGCUACCCGUUCAGCGCCGGGCUCCCCCCGGCCGCCUCCUGUCCGGAGAAGUGUGCCCUGUUCAACAGCGUCUCCUCCAGCCUUUGCAAACAGUGCACGGAGAAGCCUUAAACACCCCCUCCCGCCCCCGUGUCCCCCCGGAAAACACAGGACGGACCCAAAAGCUAGAAAAACCCGAGAAGCUGCUCCCCACCCCACCCACCCCACACCG